AUGGAUCCUCUCAGGAUGAAGAAGAUUCAAGCCAUGAAAAAGUACAAGAAGCAACAAAUUCUAUGUAACCUUAUCGUUUAUUCUUUAACAGCAUUCACAUGCAUGUUGUUUUGUUCUAGUCCCUUCUGGCAUCCCCCUCUACGUGCCACUAUGAACGUCUUCCUCACCAUCUCUCUACCAAAAAUGACAUCACUUUUCUUGGGAUCCAAAUUUCUCUUCAUAUUAGGCAACCUCAUUGUUAUAUUCCUCGUCCAACAGUCCAAUAUCUUCAACCCAGAUUCGUCUUCGGGUUGUGAUGUUUGUUAUGAUGAGUACGUUAAUAGGACUCGAACCCUUCGAAAUCACUCUCCUCUUGACAAGAAGGAAGAGAGGAAAUUGGUUGAGUCACUUGAGAAUGUCCAAGGUACUCAUGAGGAUUUAGACGGAGAGGAGCUGAGUUUGCCUGCUGAAGAGCUAAACAAGAGGGUUGAUGAUUUCAUUGCAAGGAUCAACAAACAAAGAAGGCUUGAAGCUGUACAACAGUUUGGAAAAGUGAGUGGCUAG